AUGAAUACAGACUUAGAUCAGAAAACUAUAGAUUAAAUAGUUGACAAGAAGUUGGCUUUGAUGGAAGCUGAGUACGAGAUGUUCAAAAAAUAUGAUAAUCCAAAUUACAAAGGGGCUGACUAUCCUGUUGAUCAAAUUAAUAAUUUAAACAAUGACAAUCAAUAAUAAGAGAACUAAGAUGAAAAAGGAAAGGAGGAAAACUUGAAUUUAGAGGAGGAAGACGAAUUUUAAGAAUAUCAAGGAUAUGAAAAAAUGGAAGAGAACUCCGAUAAAGAAGAGGAAGAUGAAAUAAAUUACGAUCAAGUAGAACAUGUCGAUCCUUUUGCCAAACCGUUGGAUGUGGAUCUGAUUAAGAAAUGCAUGGCAGAAAUCCAAUUGCCCACUCCUGCAUGGGCUUAAAGUUUUUAAGGAUGGGAAUAAAAAUUGAGUUAAAUGAAAUCGCUAUGA